GCCAAAAAUCCUUUGUCGGUCCUUAUGCUGUAAUUCAGAAGGGAAGUAUUAUCGGAGAUGGUGCUGAAGUGUUUGCCCUGCAGACAUAUGAAGGCAACGGAGACUGUAAGAACUCAAGUGCCAAUGUGGUCCAAAAGGGAAAACUGUGUGAAGAAACCAUAAGAAAGCCUUCCGGAAGUGAGUCUACCAUUCAGUUUUUGGGUAUCUACAUGGUUAGUUGUCUUAGCAGCUUAUCAGCAGCCAUUAUCUAUUUAUUCUACAUUUGGAUUUUUGAGAAGGAUAUUUCACUUGACCACUUCGGAUACUUUUGCAUUUGUGGGGCUUUUCAUUGGUUGCCUUAUACAAUGGUGGCCUAUGCAGCUAUUUUCGACAGUGCCCCUUCAAACCCAAUCAUUUCUGCCUUUUUAGUUGCUGCUGGUUAUGCAGCUCAUGGCUUUAUCCUGAGCAUCUUCACUGGCAUCUUGAGUUCUUAUCUUCAAAGAGGAGAAGCAAAUGAAAAAUAUCUUAGCUCUUGGUUUGCUCACCGAUUGAAUGUUGCUUGCCAUGUAAGAUUCGCCAAGUUCCUCUCAGGAACAGAGGCUUUUGCCAUGUAUUUGCGUCUUCUGGGAGCAAAAAUUGGUCAGAACUGUUCCAUCAGAUCCAUUAACGCUGUUUUAGAUCCAAAAUUGAUCUCAAUCGGUGAUGGUGUACAUUUGGGUGACUUCAGCCGGAUCACUCCAGGAUAUUACUGCCAAGAUGGAUAUACUUAUGGAAAAAUUGAAAUACAGGAGAACUCAGUUCUUGGGAGUCAAAGCCUCAUCCUCCCUGGUGCUGUGGUUGAGAGAGAUGUAAUUCUUGGUGCAAUCUCAAUUGCUCCCAGCAAUACAGUUCUUCAGAGAGGUGGUGUAUACUUAGGGUCGCAAGCUCCAGUAAUGGUCAGAAACAUCAUGUAUUCCUUGGAUGAGAGGAUAGAAGAGAUGGAUGUGAACUAUAAGAAAGUUCUAGGAAAUCUUGCUGCAAAUUUAGCUGCCACAACCCUGAAAGUAAGAUCAAGGUACUUCCAUCGGAUUGGCGCAGCUGGAAAGGGAUCACUUGUUUUCUAUAAAACCAUACCAGGCUUCCCAAACCAUAAGAUCUUCUCUCCUGGAAGGUGUUACCCCAUAAUUAUCCGCCACAGUAACUGCUUGAGUUCUGAUGAUGAUGCUAGGCGCGAUCCACGUGGUGCAGCAAUAAGGAUCCUGUCAGAAGGAAAAAGUCCUUUACUUGAUUUGACGCUGAAAACAGGCAAGGCGUUCCACGCUCGUACAAUAGGUGAUUUUGCUACCUGGCUCGUAUGUUCAGCUGCUGCACGAGAAGAGCAUGUAAAACAUGCUCCUCAUGUACGGGAUGCUAUGUGGGGAUCUCUUCGACAGCCAGACUCUUAUGCUGAACUUCAUUACUACUCCAAUUUCAGCAGACUAUUUAGAUUCGAGAAUGGACAAGAAAUGUAUGUCAGAUUCAAGUUGAGGCCCUUCAACAAGAACAUCGCUGAGGACUCGGGCAAGGUGGAGCCUAUGGGUAUACUUCCACCCGAUACUGGUUCAAUCCCUAGAGAUGAGAAAGACACUCGCCCCCUACUCUUUUUAGCUGAAGAUUUCCAGUGUCGCGUGAAUUCUCCUGACAAGGUCCGUUACGUUCUUCAGUUGCAAAUUCGGCCUGUUCCUGAGGAUGCAAGUAUAACUGAGAUUGCACUAGACUGUACCAAGCCAUGGGAUGAAACUGAAUUUCCGUAUAUGGAGGUGGGAGAGAUAAUUAUUGAUGAAAUGCUGACCAAGGAAGAAUCGGAUGGCCUGGAGUUCAACCCAUUUUUUCGAUGUCACGAAGUGGAUGUCAUCAGGGCUACAUCUUACAAUCAAAGUGCCUCACUUGAUCAUGGCCGUUCAGUAGUCUAUGAGAUAUGCCAACAUUUAAGAAACAGCAAGCCACUUCCAGAGACAUGGAGGAUUUUCCUGGAUCGAACUGAUGUUAAACUGGAUUUCUCAGGCUGUCCCAUGGCAGCGAAGUUAGAGAAAAAGGAAUUGGGCAAAGUGACAUUGGCUAGAACCUGGUACACGACACUCUGGCUUACGUCCGUUCAAGCCCUGCUGCAAAUUUUCCUGCCAUACUUUCUCUUGGGACUAGUGAUCAAUAUCCCAUUUAACUGCAUCUUUUCAAUAAAUGAAAGCAAGAAAAUCUGGGUGUUGCCUUUGUUCUGGGUUUUCUCGGGACUUUUAGGUGGACUUUUAUGCACUCUGACCAAAUGGAUUCUGGUAGGGAAGAAGGAAGAAGGUGAAACUGUUCUGAUCUGGAGUAAAGCUACCUAUAUGGACACCAUAUGGCAGGCUAUAAGGACUUUAGUUGCAGAAUAUUUGAUGGGAAUGACAAGUGGAUCGUUUCUGUUUGGGAUUUGGAUGAAAACUCUGGGUUCAGAAGUUGCUUGGGACCAAGGAGCAUACGUAGACAGCACAGAAGCUUUGCUCAAUCCUGAAAUGGUGAAGAUAGAAAAAUACGGUUCUGUAGAAAGAGAAGCUUUGCUCUUUGGACACAUCUAUGAAGGUGAAGGAGGCAAAGUGAAGUAUGGCAAAAUUGAUAUUGAAGAUGGUGGGUUUGUAGGAAGUAGAGCUGUGGCCAUGCCUGGUGUGACUGUGGAAAGUGGGGGAAAACUUAAUGCUCUCUCCUUAGCCAUGAAAGGAGAGAUUGUCGGGUAAGAGAUCCCCGAGCUGUGGAAUGUGAUGAAAUAUGAGUUUCACAUACAACAAAAAUGCUGCAGAUGUUAUUACGCAGCAAUAGAGGAGGCAAAAUUGAGUUGGCACUCCCAUCUUUGUAACUUCUACCAAUAAAGAAUCAACUAAUCUAUUUCAUUCGAAA